CUUUCUCUUUCUCUUUCUCUAGGGAUAUUCUGAGAUCGAACCACAAUGAACCAUCUUUCUUGGGUUUUACAGAAUUUUGGUCAUUAUCUUCCUGGUUCCACACUCCAAACAUCAACCAUCAUCGUCUUUCUAGUGUGAAAAUCAAGAUUGGUUUUUUUUCUUCUUCUACCCACAACCCCUAGCCAUCUCUCAGCCUGCAAUCAUGCAUUUUGCAAAGCUCGAUGACUCUCCGAUGUUCCGUAAGCAGAUGCAGUGUUUAGAGGAAAGUGCUGAAUUGCUGAGGGAGAGAAGCUUAAAGUUCUACAAAGGAUGUAGAAAGUAUACUGAAGGGCUUGGCGAAGGAUAUGAUGGGGACAUUGCUUUCGCCAGUACUCUUGAAACAUUUGGUGGAGGACAUAAUGAUCCUAUUAGUGUUGCUUUUGGAGGUCCUGUUAUGACAAAAUUUACGAUUGCACUACGGGAGAUUGGAACAUACAAGGAAGUUCUUCGUUCUCAGGUUGAGCAUAUACUAAAUGACCGAUUGUUGCAAUUUGUCAAUAUAGAUUUACAUGACGUGAAGGAGGCAAGGAAGCGGUUUGACAAGGCUAGUCUUCUAUAUGAUCAGGCUCGGGAGAAGUUUCUGUCCUUGAAGAAAGGCACCAAAAGUGAUGUAGCUACAGUUCUGGAGGAGGACCUUCAUAAUGCGAGGGCUACUUUUGAGCAAGCUCGGUUCAAUCUGGUUACUGCACUUUCUAAUGUUGAAGCAAAAAAGAGAUUUGAAUUUCUGGAAGCAGUUAGUGGUACGAUGGACGCUCAUCUUCGUUACUUUAAACAGGGAUAUGAGCUUUUGCAUCAGAUGGAGCCAUAUAUAAAUCAGGUGUUGACAUAUGCUCAGCAAUCUCGAGAAAGAUCAAAUUAUGAGCAAGCGGCUCUUAAUGAAAGGAUGCAAGACUAUAAAAGACAGAUUGAUAGAGAAAGCAGGUGGUCUUCAAAUGGUUCCAGCGGAUCCCCAAAUGGAGAUGGCAUCCAAGCCAUCGGUAGAAGUUCACAUAAAAUGAUAGAGGCAGUCAUGCAAUCUGCUUCAAAGGGAAAGGUUCAAACAAUUCGGCAAGGAUAUCUUUCAAAGCGCUCCUCAAACUUGAGGGGUGACUGGAAAAGAAGGUUUUUUGUUCUUGAUAGCCGGGGAAUGCUGUACUACUAUCGGAAACAAAGCAGCAAACCUUCUGGGUCUGGCAGUCAAAUUUCAGCUCAGAGGAAUAGUUCUGAACUUGGUCAUGGGCUGCUGAGUCGUUGGCUUUCUUCUCAUCACCAUGGUGGAGUACAUGACGAGAAAUCUGUUGCUCAUCACACGGUUAACCUGUUGACAUCAACAAUAAAGGUUGAUGCUGACCAAUCGGACCUGAGGUUUUGCUUCAGGAUUAUUUCACCUACAAAAAAUUAUACUUUGCAGGCGGAAAGCACCCUGGAUCAAAUGGAUUGGAUAGAGAAGAUAACAGGAGUUAUUGCUUCAUUGCUAAGUUCUCAGGUCCCUGAGAGGUGUUUGUCUGGUAGUCCUAUGGGCAGUAGCCAUCAUCGAUCUGCCAGUGAUAGUAGUUCAUUUGAAAGUUCUGAUUUCGAUCACACAGCUGUCGAGGAGUAUGCAUCUGAGAGGCCUACCUAUCCAAACCCUGGCCGCCUAUCAAGAAUUUCACAUCAGCUACAAUCUGGUCCAAAACCUGAGAAACCCAUAGACGUGUUGCGUAGAGUUUGUGGAAACGACAAGUGUGCUGACUGUGGAGCCUCUGACCCAGAUUGGGCAUGCUUAAAUCUAGGAGUUCUUGUCUGUAUUGAAUGUUCUGGUGUGCACCGUAACCUUGGUGUGCAUAUAUCAAAGGUACGAUCGUUAACACUUGAUGUUAAAGUGUGGGAGCCCUCUGUCAUUACCUUGUUUCAGUCUCUGGGCAAUGCCUUCGCUAAUUCAGUUUGGGAGGAGUUAUUGCAGUCAAAAGGUGCCUAUAAGACGGAACUUGUUCCAACAGGGUUUUACAAGUCUGAUAAGCCCCAGCUUCUUUACUUCUGCAAACCUAGUCAUUCUGAUUCUAUAGCUGUGAAGGAGAAGUUCAUUCAUGCAAAGUAUGCCUUGAAAAUUUUUGUUCGAAAGCCAAAGGAUCAUAGUUUAGUAAGACAACAUAUAUGGGAGGCUGUUGGUGGUAAUGACAAGAAAGCCGUAUACCGUCUGAUUGUGAACUUUGAAGCAGAUGUGAAUUAUAUUUACGAGCAAGGGUGUUGUAAUUCUUCUCUAACCCUUGCUAAAGCAAUGCUGUUGCAAGAGCAGAGCACAGGGGGUGAUGAUAAUAAUACAGGGAAGUCUUGUUCAAUGGUAGGGGGCACAAGUGAAGGAUCGGAAGAAUAUGGUAUGGAGGGGUGCACCCUUCUUCAUCUUGCUUGUGAAACUGCAGAUGUUGGGAUGAUUGAGCUACUGUUACAGUAUGGUUCCAUUAUAAAUGUUUGUGAUUCAAGAGGUCAGACGCCACUCCAUCGUUGUAUCCUGAGAGGCAAAGCGGCAUGUGCAAAGCUGCUUCUUACAAGAGGGGCUGAUCCACAAGCUGCAAAUGGUGGUGGUAAAACCCCCUUGGAGGUUGCAGUGAAUUCAAAUUUUAGGGAUAAUGAGGUGCUGAGUCUGUUAUCAGUAGACUCGAAUGGGUAACACUUGGUGCUGAAGGUAUAUAUAAUGUGGAAAGAUAUCGCAAGUGUUGUGUAAUUAUGGUGAAGUGAUGACGGCUGCAAACGGGGAUCAAAGAGCAGGCAGAGCAGAGCAGAACAUGCAUAAUAUUAUCUGUGUAAUGUAAUUGUAAGUAGCAUGUGAAUGUUAAGGGUGAAAGAAGAGGUGGUUGGUUUGAGUUAUUUGGUUGUGUUUGUGAGUUGAGAUGUGGUAAUUUGAGUUGGGUUGGGUGGGUUGGAGGGUUUAUGUACAUUGUUUGCAAACUCUAUUGUUACUGUUGGACUGAAAAUGGAGUAAAAUUUUGACU